CCUUUGUAACUUCAACAUCAUAACAAACAUGGCCAUUUCAACUUCACUUCUCACACUUUCAUGCUUCUUACUAACCCUUUCAUUAACCUUAGUUAAUGUUUAUUCAAAAGAAAAUUACUAUAACAUUAAGAAACCAUUCCUCAAUAAGAUAGAUUCUUGUUGGAGGGGCAAACCAAAUUGGUCUUUAAACAGAAAAGCCUUAGCUGAUUGUGCUAUUGGUUUUGGAAAAGAUGCUAUUGGAGGAAAAUAUGGUGAAAUAUAUGUAGUUAAUGAUUCUUCUGAUGACCCUUCAAAUCCAAAACAAGGUACACUUCGUUAUGGUGCAAUACAAACAAAGCCACUUUGGAUUAUUUUUGCAAAAAGCAUGGUUAUUACACUAGAAAAUGAGCUUAUUAUGAAUAGCUACAAGACUAUUGAUGGUAGAGGAGUUAAAGUUGAAAUUGGAAAUGGACCUUGUAUUACAAUACAAGGUGUGAGUCAUGUUAUUAUACAUGGAAUUAGGAUUCAUGAUUGUAAGCCAAGUAAUGCUGGUCUUGUGAGAAGUAGUCCUGAUCAUGUUGGUCAUCGUCAUGGCUCAGAUGGUGAUGCUAUUAGUAUAUUUGCUUCUUCAAAUGUUUGGAUUGAUCAUUGCUUUUUGGCUAGUUGUAGUGAUGGAUUAAUUGAUAUUAUUCAUGCCUCAACUUCCAUUACCAUUUCUAACAAUUACUUCACUCAACAUGACAAAGUUAUGUUGCUAGGACACAAUGAUAGAUACACAGCAGAUAAAAUAAUGAAAGUAACAAUUGUUUUCAAUAGAUUUGCUAGUGGACUAACCGAAAGGAUGCCACGAGUAAGAUUUGGUUAUGCACACGUGGUGAACAACAAAUAUGAUGAGUGGAAAAUGUAUGCUAUAGGAGGAAGUGCUAACCCAACCAUUUUAAGUGAAGGGAACUUUUUUAUAGGACCAAAUGACCAAAAUGCAAAACAGGUUACCAAGAGGGGAGCCAAUGGAAAUUGGAAGAAUUGGAAAUGGAGGUCUUCUAAGGAUGUAUUCUUAAAUGGUGCUUAUUUUGUACCAUCUGGAUAUGGAACUUGUGCUCCAAAUUAUUCACCUUCUCAAUCUUUUGUGGCUGUUCCUGCUUAUAUGGUGCCUGCUAUAACUCUCAAUGCAGGUCCCUUGACUUGUUUUGUUGGGAUAUCAUGUUAAUAAUAAUAUGGCUUAGAAUCACAAGUUCACAACUAAUUAACUACUUUGUAGAAAAUUGGUUUGUAACAUUUGGCAUAUUCAUCAUUAUUUUAAAUGUUCGUUUAACUUGCAUACACGAUCUGCCUGCCAGUGUAAAAAUUUUUACCUUGUGGACAAAUCAAUAUCAAUCAAAUAUGUUACGUAUUUAUAGAUGAAGUUACAAUGUAAAAGAUGUUUACGCUGAAAAUGUAUAUGGAUUAAAUUACAUGCAUUGUAAUAGAGUGGCUUUUUUAUCAA